CCCAUAUAAUUCCUACUCAUGAUCUUUGUUCCUUAAAGCUUGCCCUCUUCCCUUAUCAUCACUUUCUUUUAUUUAUUUAUCUAUGAAUCAAAUAUUCAAGAAUUUCCAAAGAGAAAAAACCUAAAUACCCCAAAAAAGUGAUUCCAAAAGACUCUUCUAAACAUUUAGUAUGUAAAAACAUUGAUCCAAAAGACCCACCAAAAGAUUAAAAUUAAACACUAUACACACUCAUCCUCCCCAUCACUCAUCAAAAGAUAAAGCAAAACCAAACAAAAUAAAACCAUUAGAGAAACAACUUACUACUUUGAUGCUAUCAUGGAAGGAGGAGGCAGUGAUGAUCAUCACCACCACCACCACAGCCACCACCAUCACCACCAACAACCACUCCAUCAUCAUCAUCAUCACCACCACCGCCCUACUUUCCCAUUCCAAUUACUAGAGAAGAAAGAAGAAGAUAACCAACCUUGUUCCUCCUCUUCUUCCCUUCCUUUCCCUUCCCUACCGGUUUCAUCUUCCUCGGCCGAUCAACACACCUCGACUCGUUCCAUUUCAACCCACCAGAUCUCGCCGGAAACUUCCAAGACUGCACCGCCUAAACGUACUUCCACUAAAGACCGACACACCAAGGUAGAUGGGCGUGGUCGUAGGAUCCGCAUGCCGGCUCUUUGUGCAGCUAGGGUUUUUCAGCUUACUCGCGAGUUGGGUCAUAAAUACGAUGGUGAAACGAUCGAGUGGUUGCUACAACAAGCUGAGCCGGCGGUGAUCGCCGCUACGGGGACUGGUACCAUCCCUGCAAACUUCACUUCCCUCAAUAUCUCACUCCGUAGCUCCGGUUCAAGCAUGUCGGUUCCUUCUCAGCUUCGUUCCUCGGGUUUUAGCUCCAACUUUUCUAUGCAACAACGUAGAAGCUUGUUCCCCGGAAUCGGACUCGAAACGACGCCGACGCCGACGACGUUCCUUAACUUCCAAUCUAGUAGUACUUCGUUGGGAAUAUCGGAAGAAGCCGAAGAAAGUAGUUUAGGAAGGAAACGAAGACCCGAACAAGAUUUAUCUUCACAACAUCAUCAAAUGGGGAGUUACUUGUUGCAAUCAAGCACCGGUACAAUUCCGGCGAGUCACCACGGUCAAGUUCCGGCUAACUUUUGGAUGGUAACUAAUUCUAAUAAUCAAGUUAUGAGUGGUGGUGACCCUAUAUGGACAUUUCCUUCAGUUAAUAACAGUGGUUUGUAUAGGGGAACUAUGUCUAGUGGGUUGCAUUUCAUGAACUUUCCAACACCAAUGGCCUUGUUACCAGGCCAACAAUUGGGUUCAAGCAGUAGCGGUGCCGAUGGAGGCGGCGGCGGAGGUGGCAGUGGUGGAAGUAGUGGCAUAAGUGAAGGACAUUUAAAUAUGUUAGCUGGAUUGAAUCCUUAUAGACAAGACUCCGGUGGCACCGGCGUUUCGGAAUCUCAAGUGAGUGGCUCACAUUCACACCACGGUGGUGGAGGUGGCAGCGAUGAAUGACGUGAUUUACAAACCAAUAGUGUCAUUCUAUCGUAGAGAUGAUGAUGAUGAUCAUCGAACAAAGCAUCAUCUUUGCUUUCUUUUGAUCAAGUUGUGUAGUUUGAUGUGUAACACACGUGAGGUUUGAUUGCUCCUUUUAAUUUUUUUUUCCCAAAAAAACAUGAAUUGAGUUUUUAUUAUACUAAAAAAAAAGAAAUUAAUUUUUUUUUGGUGUGAUUAA